UGGGAGGAGCCGGGGCGGGAGGUGGCGCCGCGGAGGGGACCCGCGGCCCCGGCGAGAGCUCGCCAGCCCCGCCGCGAUGCCCCCGCGCCCUGGACGUCUCCUCCCGCCGCUGGCCGGGCUGCCGGCCCUGGCCGCGCUCCUACUGCUGCUCGGCUCGCGCAGGGGUGCCCGGGCCCAGGAGGCGGCGGCGGACAGUGGAGCCGAGCAGGACCCGCACGCCAAGCACCUGUACACGGCCGACAUGUUCACGCACGGGAUCCAAAGCGCCGCGCACUUCGUCAUGUUCUUCGCGCCCUGGUGUGGACACUGCCAGCGACUGCAGCCAACUUGGAAUGACCUGGGAGACAAGUACAACAGCAUGGAGGAUGCCAAGGUCUACGUGGCUAAAGUGGACUGCACAGCCAGCUCCGAUGUGUGCUCUGCGCAGGGUGUUCGAGGAUACCCCACCCUAAAGUUUUUUAAGCCUGGCCAAGAAGCUGUGAAGUACCAGGGUCCUAGAGACUUCGAAACACUGGAAAACUGGAUGCUGCAGACACUGAAUGAGGAGCCACCUACACCAGAGCCAGAAGCGGAACCACCCAGAGCCCCUGAGCUCAAGCAGGGGUUGUAUGAGCUCUCAGCCAACAACUUUGAGCUGCAUGUUUCUCAAGGCGACCACUUUAUCAAGUUCUUCGCUCCAUGGUGUGGUCACUGCAAAGCUCUGGCUCCAACCUGGGAGCAGCUGGCUCUGGGCCUUGAACAUUCUGAAACUGUCAAGAUUGGCAAGGUCGACUGCACACAGCACUAUGGACUCUGCUCAGAAAACCAGGUUCGAGGCUAUCCAACUCUGCUCUGGUUUCGAGAUGGCAAGAAGGUGGAUCAGUACAAGGGAAAGCGGGACUUGGAGUCACUGAGAGACUAUGUGGAGUCACAACUACAGGAUCCAGAGGUGGCCCCGGAGACUGUCGAGCCCGCAGAGGCCCCAGUGCUGGCUGCUGAACCCACAGGUGACAAGGGCACUCUGGUGGCACUCACUGAAAAGAAUUUUGAGGACACCAUUGCACAAGGAAUAACUUUCGUCAAGUUCUAUGCUCCAUGGUGUGGCCACUGUAAAAAUCUGGCUCCUACCUGGGAAGAGCUCUCUAGAAAGGAAUUCCCUGGCUUGGCUGAGGUCACCAUUGCAGAAGUAGACUGCACUGCUGAGCGCAACAUCUGCACCAAGUACUCGGUACGAGGCUAUCCCACAUUGCUGCUUUUCCGAGGCGGUGAAAAAGUUGGUGAGCACAAUGGAGGUAGAGACCUUGAUUCUUUACACAGCUUUGUCCUACGCCAGGCGAAGGAUGAACUGUAGAAACACCCUCUGAGGUCAUGCGCCCUGGCUUCAUGUUCUUAGUGCAUAGGAGUGGCAUCAGAUGGACAUCCGUGUCUCCACUGUGGUUAGCCAGAAAGCGGUGUGUACUCCGCCUGUGCACUUCUCCGCUACCACACACUACGAAUCAUGAUUGUGUCUCUAAUCAUAGCUGGGCAAAUAUUUUCAGUGACAAUCCAUCCUGUAACCUUCUCUUGACAAAAUUAAAUUGGCUGCCCUUGCAACUAAA